GCGGAGACAGCUGUCAAGCUGCGGCGGACUAGGCAGGGACUGGCCAUGUCAGGUGCAGUAGGCGGGGCAGUCGGGCGCCGUGCUCGGUGUUAUGGAGGCGGCUGCGGGCUCUGUGAAUGAAUUCUCCGGGCGGAAAAGGGAACAAGAAGAAGCCGGUGACCCCAGCGGCAGAGACAGGUCCCGGGCCCCCGGCUCGCUCGGAGGCUUCGCUGCAUAAGCGAAACGUGUACGUGUUCUCGUACCCACUGCUCGCCGUCUUCUCUCUGCUCCGCUUCCUCGCCUUCCAGCUCGGCUUGCUGUUCGCCUGGUGCUGCGAGCGGCUCUCCCGCAGAGUCAUGGCAGACAAGAAGAACGCUGCGGCCCGGAGCCUGGUUGAGCAGGGCGCUCCCUCUGUCAAGACGGCCGCCGCUCAGGACAGACCGGGCAAUGAGCCUGAAGUGGUGCGGGGCUAUCACCAGCAGGCCUUCCACUACAUCUCCAUGGCGCUGCGCAUCGAUGAGCAGGAGAAAGAUCAAAAGGAUCAAGCUGUGGAAUGGUACAAGAAAGGAAUUCAGGAGCUGGAGAAAGGAAUUGCAGUUCCAGUCAUAGGGCAAGGUGAACAAUAUGACAGAGCGCGACGCCUACAAACCAAAAUGACAACAAAUCUACUAAUGGCAAAGGAUCGGUUACAGUUAUUGGCAACGCUGCAAGCAGAUAUACAAGGUCAGAACAAGCAAAUGGAAGUGUGUAGUGACAGUACUAACCUGCCUUGCCGCAAUGGACUUCUGAAGCCAGCAACGCUGCAAGCAGAUAUACAAGGUCAGAACAAGCAAAUGGAAGUGUGUAGUGACAGUACUAACCUGCCUUGCCGCAAUGGACUUCUGAAGCCAGGAAGAGGUGCAGUUCCAAAAAAGAAAGAUUCCUUCUCCAUUGCAAGUAAUUCCCUUCCUCGUGCAAAAGCCACAGCCAAAGCUGUAUCUCCAGUAGUUUCCCAUUCACCCAGGAUACCCAACUGUUCCAGUUCUUCUUCCUCUUCACAAAGACCAGCCCCCAAUACAGCUAGCAGGGGAGCAGGAGUAAAGAAUACAAGACCAAAUAAGCCAACAACACCUACUACUGGACUCAGGAAAAAAGAUAUGAAGAACUUAAAAAAUGUAGAUAGCAACCUUGCAAAUCUAAUUUUGAAUGAAAUUGUAGACAGUGGCCCAUCUGUCAAAUUUACUGAUAUAGCUGGACAAGAACUAGCGAAGCAAGCGUUGCAAGAAAUAGUGAUUCUCCCUUCUAUUCGCCCAGAGCUGUUCACUGGUCUCAGAGCUCCUGCUCGAGGGUUAUUGCUGUUUGGCCCUCCUGGAAAUGGGAAGACUAUGCUGGCAAAAGCAGUAGCUGCUGAAUCGAAUGCAACAUUUUUUAAUAUAAGUGCAGCAAGUCUUACUUCAAAAUAUGUAGGAGAAGGAGAAAAAUUAGUGCGGGCACUUUUUUCUGUGGCGAGGGAACUCCAGCCAUCUAUUAUUUUUAUAGAUGAGGUUGAUAGCCUUUUAUGUGAAAGAAGAGAAGGAGAGCAUGAUGCUAGCAGAAGAUUAAAAACUGAAUUUUUAAUUGAGUUUGAUGGAGUACAGUCUGGAGGAGAUGAUCGGGUGCUCGUCAUGGGGGCUACCAAUAGGCCUCAAGAACUGGAUGAAGCAGUUCUCAGGCUAUUCACAAAAAGGGUUUAUGUCUCACUACCAAAUGAAGAGACAAGGCUUUUGCUGGUGAAAAACCUUUUAAGCAAGCAAGGGAACCCACUGACACAAAAAGAAUUGGCUCAGCUAGCCAGGCAGACUGAAGGAUACUCUGGGAGUGAUAUAACUGCACUUGCUAAAGAUGCUGCACUUGGGCCUAUACGAGAACUGAAACCAGAGCAAGUGAAAAAUAUGUCGGCCAGUGAGAUGCGCAAUAUAAAAUAUUCAGACUUCCUAAACUCAUUGAAAAAAAUAAAGUGCAGUGUCAGCUCUUCUACCCUGGAAUCGUACAUUCGAUGGAAUCAAGAUUUUGGUGAUACCACAGUUUGAAAGAAACUUAUUCUUCAUCAAAGGGUCCUCGGACCAGCUAUCUGAAUGGCAAAUGUGAUCCUGGAAGCCUUUGAAGAGAUUUCAUUUAUAAACUUGACCAUAAAAGAAACUAAAAAAAUGAAGCUCACCUGUGUGCACUAAAUAUUUGUAAACCUAGAAACUUAAUAGGGAAGAGAAAAGAUAACUCGUUCGACUGGCGUAUUAACAGGAUGUUUGCCUUUAAAUUCCAGUUUUACUUAGAUGGGGCUCCAUGUCGUCUGAGUCUGCUGACAAAGGUCUUUGUCCUUAGUGGAGCAGCACUGACUUCAUUAGAUGGGGUAGUGGCAACUUUCAUUGAACACUGUGUUCAUGAGCUCAAGUGCUCAAAAGGAAUAUUGGGUGUAGGAAGAUCUGUGCCUUGAGUUCACGUUCCAGCUUUGUUUUUUUUAUGUGCCUGCCCAUCUUUUUAAUACUCCUAAUACUUUCUUGGCAUUUACCAACUGUGACUGUUUGUAAAUUUAUAUCCAUUUCUGGUAACAAGAAGGCUAAGGAAACUAUUUGCUCUGCAAAAGUGGUGGUCGUUUACUUAAUGUGCCAAAGAAAAACAUUGUAGUGGCACAGAAAAGGAAAGUGAAUAAAAGCACAUGAAUUUAAUGUGAAGCAGCUGGCUUGCUUUGUUAAUAUGUCCUUCAGCCCUGUAGCUUCCCUCACAUUCUAGCAGGAUGCAAUUUGUGCCAUGAUACCGUAGAGGAAUUCUAGCAUCUUGAAAAUCAUGCAUGAUUUGUUCACCAAAUAUUUUGAUGAUUAUGCUAGUAGAAUUUUUUCAAAAUAAC